CUCAACUCAGUAAAAAUCAAACCUGGAAAAUUUUAAAAUCAACAUAGGCAAAAUGCGAAAUUUAUUUAUUAUAGAAUAAGCUAGAUAAUAGUUGUAGAAACUAACAAAUAACAGUACUUCACACAUAAGCCUCCUGCUUAUCAAUUCAAGAUACCACCAAGCACACCAAAGACCAUAAUGUCAGUUGUUAUUGAAACCACCCUUGGGGACAUCACGGUAGACCUGUUCCUGAAGGAGCGUCCUAACACAUGCCUGAACUUUUUAAAACUCUGCAAAGUCAAAUAUUACAAUUUCUGUGUCUUUUAUAAAGUGGAAAGAAACUUCAUUGCGCAGACAGGUGAUCCCACCUGUACUGGCCGAGGAGGAGAAUCAAUCUUCAGUCGCAUAUAUGGUGAUCAAGCAACAUAUUUUGAAGCUGAAUUAAAGCCUCGAUUGAAGCAUGAAAAACUUGGAACUCUCUCAAUGGUAAAUAAUGGCAACAAUAUGAAUGGAUCUCAAUUCUUCAUAACCCUUGGUGAAAAUCUUACCUAUCUGGAUGAAGUCCAUACUGUGUUUGGGGAAGUAGCUGAAGGUUUCGAAACUCUUCUUAAAAUCAAUGAAGCCAUAUGUGAUCCUAAUAACAGACCCUACCAAGAUAUCUUGAUAACUCAUACUGUGAUUCUUCAUGAUCCUUAUGAUGACCCUCUUGAUUUGGAAAUACCUGAUGCUUCCCCAUUACCGACUAAAGAACAGUUGGAAUCAAAUUAUAUUAGAGCUGAUGAAGAGAUUGAUGAUACAAAGGGAAAAUCUGCUGAAGAAAUUGAAGAAAAAAUCAAGGAGAGUGAAGCAAAAGCAAGGGCCACUAUAUUGGAAAUGGUUGGAGAUAUUCCAGAUGUUGAUGUGAAGCCUCCUGAAAAUGUCCUUUUUGUCUGCAAACUGAAUCCUGUCACAACGUCAGAGGAUUUAGAGAUAAUAUUUUCACGUUUUGGGCCUAUAAAAAGUUGUGAAGUAAUCAAAGAUAAGAAGACAGGUGAAUCUUUGCAAUAUGCAUUUAUUGAAUUUGAGAAAGAAGAAGAUUGUGAAAAUGCUUAUUUUAAGAUGGAUAAUGUUUUGAUUGAUGACAGAAGAAUUCAUGUAGAUUUCAGCCAAUCUGUUUCAAAAAUGAUGUUCGAACAGGGGAACAAAUUUUCUAAAAAUAAAAACUCAAAAGAAACACUUGUUAUAAAAAACAAAGAGAAAAAAUCAGAUGGAUAUGAUAUGAUAUUUGAUAUGGAUGAUGAGAUAAGCCAUUCAAAACACAAGAAAAAGGACAAAAGAUCUCCAGAUCGUAAAUAUAAAAGGCAAGAUUCUCCUUCUAAAAGGUCUACUGAAAGAAGAAGAGAAAGGUCUAAUUCUGUAGAUAGGAGAUAUGGUGAACAUGUGAAGAAUUCACGAACCUAUUAUGAUAGAGAAUAUGAUAGAUCAAAAUCUAGCAGAGAUAGCACACAUAGAAUGUCAAAGGAUUCCAGAAAGGAAUUUACUAAGUCUUCCUCUCCAUCUGAAUCUUACAAAAGUACAUCUUUUUCUAGGAAAAAACAAGGUGAACAUACUUCAAAAGACCAUUAUAGUUCAUCAGAUGAAUCGGGUACUAUAAAACCUAAAAUGAAUACAAAUCGUUACAGGAGCCAUCGUCAUGAUAGCAGUUCAUCUGGCCGUUCCAUUUCUCCACAAAGAAAGCAGAAGAGCUCAACAGAUAAAAUUUCUUCUUCAAAGCAUUCUCAUUCUACUGAAAAGUUCUACGAAAAAAAAUCACAAAAGCAAGAAUUGCUUUCUUCAUAUAGAAAUAAGGAAAGAAAAAAUGUUUCUUCUAGACAUAAAUCUAAUUCUUCCGAAUCAGAUGUGCCUAGACAGCCUAUUAAAAGAUAUUCUCGAUCACCAGAAAUUUCUGAUCGGAGAUUAAAUAAAUCAAAAGACACAUCUGGAAGAUCAAGAUCUCAUCAAAGAUUAAAGAAGCAGCCUUCUAAAAAGCCGUCAAGUUCUCCAGAAUCAUAUAAUUCUAGAUUAAAAUCACGUAGGCACUAUUCGAGAUCUCCUGAUUCCUUGAGUCCAGAAAGGAAGAAGCGGUCUUAUAGAUCACAAUCAAGAUCUCUUAGCCCUAAAAAAUAUGAUGAUCCUAAGAUCAAAAAUUCAUAUACAUUGCAUGAAAAAUCAUCAAAACACUCUAAAAAAUCAAAGAAAAAUAAAAAGAGAACUAAAAGUUCCUGCUCUUCUAGUAAUUCUGAUUCAGAUACCAAUUCAAAAAUAAAAUAUAAAGAUAGCUAUUCUUCCCAUUCUAGAACCCAUAAGACUUCUCGCAAAGAAUACAAACAUCGAAAAUAGUGAUUUAUAAGCAUAAAGCUUAUCUUUGAAUGUGUAUAAUUUUUAUAAAAAAGAUUAUGUUUACAGAUCUGGUCUUAUUAUUACGAUUUCAAAAUUUAUGUAUCAUUAUUCUGAAAACUAGAGAUAAAAUUUAUUAAAAAUUUGCAGAAAUCUUUGCAAAUUACCAUUUAUUAAAUUCUGUCAGUAGAAAUUACUGAAUGAACCAUUUAUAUGCAAAAUCAUAAAUAAUAA